UGUGAAUUAAUUUCUUUAAAUGAUAUAACUCUUAUCCAAAAUAUAUAUGUAAUGUUUUUUUUUUCUAUGAUUUUUCCAGGAAUCAACACGACUGCUUCCUACAUCGGUCCACUGUUAAUUACAAGCUUCGUCAACUUCCUAUCGGCGGAUGACGAAAACUCAAAAUGGCACCACGGUAUGAUUCUCGCAUUGAUUUUCUUUACCGCAAAGUGUGUAGAGUCACUCUCUCAGAGGCAGUGGUAUUUUGGUGCUCAUCGUAUUGGAAUCAGAGUCCGAGCAGCUUUAAUGGCCCUGAUAUACAAAAAGUCUCUCUCGAUCAAGUAUGGCGGUACGAGCAGCGGCAAGAUCAUCAACUACGUUAACGUAGAUGUCGAGAGAAUCGGAGACUUCUGUUGGUAUUUCCACGGUAUUUGGCUACUUCCAGUUCAAGUUACAUUCGCCCUCGUAAUCCUGUACAAGAAUUUGGGGGCCGCCCCCUCUUUUGCCGCUCUCUUCACCACCAUUUUCGUCAUGAUAAGCAACACUCCGCUCGCAAAUAUGCAAGAGAGCCUCCACACGAAGAUAAUGGAAGCUAAAGAUUCGAGGAUAAAAGCCACCUCGGAGACUCUAAAGAGCAUGAGAGUUUUGAAGCUGCAUUCGUGGGAAUCGAAGUUCUUGAAAAAACUGCUCCACCUUAGGGAAACGGAGAGAGGCUAUCUCAAGAAAUACCUCUACACAAGCUCGGCUGUUGCUUUCCUGUUCUGGGCUUCGCCGACUCUAGUUUCGGUCGUCACCUUCACUGUGUGUGUUGUGGUGGGGACGCCGUUGACAUCUGGCACGGUCCUCUCCGCUCUGGCCACUUUCCGGAUUCUUCAAGAACCUAUCUACAAUCUUCCGGAGCUUAUUUCCAUGAUCGCUCAGACAAAAGUUUCGAUCGACCGAGUCCAGAGUUUUAUCACAUGUGAGGAUCAGAAAAAAUCGGCUCACUAUCAUGCUUCGACUGCCGUGCCGGGCUUCGCAAUCGAGAUCGACGCCAGCGAAUUUUCGUGGCAGAAUGGAGAUGCAAAGACCAGACCUUCGCUUAAGAUAACCGAGAAGCUCAAAAUCAAGAAAGGGAGUAAAGUGGCUGUUUGUGGUUCGGUUGGCUCCGGGAAAACUAGUUUUCUGUGCAGUAUACUCGACGAGAUACCUAGAAUAUCCGGGCCGAGAAUUAAAACUUGUGGGUCCAAGGCUUUUGUACCUCAAAGUGCUUGGAUUCAAACGGGUACGAUUAGAGAUAACGUGUUGUUUGGUAAGGAGAUGAAUAGGCUUUUGUAUGAAGAUGUGGUGGAAGCUUGUGCUUUGAACCACGAUAUCGAGAUGUGGGCUGAUGGUGAUUUGUGUGUCGUGGGGGAGAGGGGGGUGAAUUUGAGCGGGGGCCAGAAACAGAGAAUACAAAUGGCGAGGGCACUUUACAGCAACUCUGAUGUGUAUUUGCUGGACGAUCCUUUUAGCGCCGUCGAUGCACAUACUGGUGCUCACAUGUUCAAGAAAUGCCUGAUGCAACUCUUGCACGAGAAGACUGUCGUCUAUGUCACUCAUCAGCUCGAAUUCUUAGAUGCUUCCGACCUUGUUUUGGUUAUGAAAGAUGGAAGAAUUGUUGAGUCGGGGAAAUAUCAAGAUUUAAUUUCGAAUCCCGACGGAGAACUCAUAAGACAAAUGGCGGCUCAUAGUAAGUCUUUAGAUCAAGUGAACCCUCCAAAGUGCAUCAGCUCUUCCAAGAGCUACCACCAGCCUAAGCAAAUAGAAGUUACCGAAGUGAAGUUCAUCGAUCUCAGCAGAAGCAGCAGAGUUUCAGAGCGAAAUCUGCACGAAGAAACGGAGAGUGGCAGAGUGAAAUGGCACGUUUACGCAACUUUCAUCACAUGUGCGUACAAAGGAGGCCUCGUUCCACUCAUCCUCUUGUGCCAGAUCUUCUUCCAGCUCUUGCAAAUGGUGAGCAAUUAUUGGAUCGCUUGGGGAUCGGAAAAGGACGAAAAUGUUACGAAAAAGAACUUGAUCGUGAUAUUUGCUCUGCUCUCUGGUGGAAGCUCGUUGUUCAUAUUGGGAAGAGCAGUUCUUUUGUCGACCAUUGCUAUUGAGACAGCUCAGCGCCUCUUCCUUGGAAUGAUCACAUCUGUUUUUCGUGCGCCUCUGUCUUUCUUCGACUCCACUCCUUCAAGCAGAAUUCUUAAUCGGUCUUCGACCGAUCAAAGUAUAGUGGACACAGAUAUUCCGUACAGAUUAGCCGGGCUGGCUUUUGCACUUAUUCAGCUAUUGAGUAUUGUUGUUCUCAUGUCCCAAGUUGCAUGGCAGGUGUUCUUCCUCUUUGUCGUUGUUUUCGCCGUCUCUGCGUGGUAUCAGGCAUACUACAUCACCACCGCCAGAGAAUUAGCUCGAAUGGUUCCAAUUCAACAAGCGCCGAUUCUCCAACACUUUUCAGAAUCAAUCACCGGAGCUACAAUAAUUCGGAGCUUCAACCAAGAACAUCGUUUCUGGAAAACAAACACAGACCUCAUUAACGAUUACUCUCGUGUUGCCUUUCACAACUCCGGUACGAUGGAAUGGCUUUGUGUUCGGAUUAACUUUCUCUUCAAUCUCGUCUUCUUCCUUCUUCUCGUCAUCCUGGUCAGCCUUCCUAGGUCAACCAUUGACCCCAGCAUGGCAGGACUAGCAGCCACGUACGGAUUGAGCUUAAACGUACUCCAAGCAUGGGUGAUAUGGAAUCUUUGUAACGUAGAGAACAAAAUGAUAUCUGUCGAGCGGAUUCUUCAGUUCAGUGGUAUAGAAAGUGAAGCGCCGUUGCUUGUCGAAGAAUCAAGACCGGAGAAAGAAUGGCCGCUCAAUGGAAGAAUCGAGGUGGAAAAUCUGCACAUACAGUACAACCCUGCUCUUCCUACAGUUCUCAGAGGAAUCACGUGCACUUUUCCGAGCAAAAAGAAAAUCGGAAUUGUGGGAAGAACUGGGAGCGGCAAGUCAACCCUAAUCCAAGCUCUUUUCAGAGUUGUCGAGCCUUCACAAGGACGUAUCUUGAUUGACGGGGUCGAUAUUUCGAAGAUAGGUCUGCAGGAUUUGCGAUCCAGGUUAAGUAUAAUCCCGCAAGAUCCGAUUUUGUUUCAAGGGACUUUGAGGACGAAUCUUGAUCCUCUACAAGAGCACUCAGAUCAUGAGAUUUGGGAGGUUUUGCGAAAAUGCCAUCUCGCUGAAAACGUGAAGCAAGACGAAAGGCUUCUUGAUGCGCCAGUUGCCGAAGAUGGAGAGAAUUGGAGCGUUGGGCAAAGGCAACUCGUGUGUUUAGCUAGAGUUCUCCUACAGAGGAGAAGAAUACUAGUCCUGGAUGAAGCUACGGCUUCGGUAGAUACAGCGACAGAUAACUUGAUCCAGAAGACGAUAAGAGAAGAAACAAACGGAUGCACGGUUUUAACUGUGGCCCACCGCAUACCCACAGUCGUUGACAACGACCUAGUUUUGGUUCUUGGCGAAGGGAAAGUUGUGGAGUACGAGUCACCUGCCGAAUUGCUCGGAGAUGUGAAUUCUGCGUUUUCACGUUUGGUGAUGGAGUUCUUGAGAAGAUCAUCGACAAACGAUAACUAUGAAUGACGAGGACAAGUCAGACAACAUUUCAGACCAUUAUUCACUGUGUGUAAUGAAGAAUAUCAUAGCUAAAGGUUUGACGAAUAUCUUGCAGACUUGGGAGAUCGAGAGAAGACAACUCUAAUUUGUUGAAUAUCUACUCGUAUACUUGUACAUGUGCUUAUUCGAUAAAGGAACAAAAAUCUUAACUACUUAAGCUAACAUGAAUUACUUACGAAAGAAAGAUGCAGUUGCUUUUCUUUCUUGAUCAUGAUUUAGAAUCUCUGCACAUGUUUUCUACCAUAUGUAAAUAUGAACUGGUAAUAGUUGUCGAAAAUUGAGUUCUUACUUUUUUUUUUGUUUA